CACACUUGCCAAUAUUAGGGAAGAGCUAGCCAGAGGCAGGAACCAAACCAAGAGCAAAAAAUAGGCAAGGUCGUCCAUUGACUCCCUCAAGUCCUGCUCCAUCGAUCACAUGCAUGCAUGCACAUGGGGGCGCUAGAUCUCCUCUGGCUAGCUACCACCAUCCCAAACUCUUCUCUUCCACACGCGUACGUACAAGGGGAGGAAAAAGGAAGGAGGACGCACGUACGAACGAGUCGAUUAUCUAUAGGAGUCGUCCAUCGAUCGAGAAACCAAGAUCAAGCCGGCCGGCGGAUCGAUCUCGUUGAAUAAAUGGAGAGGAGCAAAGGCUGCCUCUCCCUGCUGCUCCUCGCGGCCGUGGUGGCGUCCCUCGUCGCCGGCUCGUCGGCGGGCAUCUACCACAUCGUCGGCGCCGGCAAGGGCUGGCAGAUGGCCCCCAACCGGACCUACUACGGGGAAUGGGCCCGCACCCGGAACAUCAGCGUGGGCGACAAGCUCAUGUUCCUGUACCGGAGCGGGGUGUACAACAUCGUGGAGGUGCCGAGCCGGGACCUGUUCGACGGGUGCAGCAUGCGCAACAUCACCAACCGGUACCAGAACGGGCCCACCAUCAUCGAGCUCAUCCCGCCCGCCGGCCCGCGCUACUACUUCUGCGGCGUCGGCAAGCACUGCGAGGAGGGCCAGAAGCUCAAGAUCUACGUCGCCCCCUUCGCGCCCUCGCGCACGCAGAACGACGACCAGGCCGAAGAGCCCGACGACGACGGCGACGUCAUCUCCGGCUCGCCCGCCCCCGCCGCAGUGCCGCUGCUCGCCCUCGCCGCCUGCUUGCUGGCGCUUUCGCUCCUGCUGCUGAUGUAAACUUGAUCCAUCAACGUCAACGAUCUGCAAUCAUA